AUGAUAUCCCAUAAGGUUUUAGUCGCAAUAAUCUUACUGAACGUGUACAUGGGCGCUCAGUCGGUUUUUUACUUCUUCGGCGGCGUCCUUUUAACCAUCUUAUUCGCCAUGGCAUUUUUAAAUGGACCCAGGCUGCUGGACUGGGCGAGCUCCCCUCCACAUCUCCAGUUCAAUAAAUACGUCCUGACGGGAUACCGGCCCAUCUCCUCCGUGCAGGACUGCAUCAGGAGCCUGUUUUACCUGCACAAUGAACUUGGGAACAUUUACACUCACGGCAUCCCUCUGGUCUGCUUCCUGGUGCUGCUCCCGCUCAACAUCCCCUGGUCUCAGAUCAGCGUCACCUGGCUGGGCGUGGUGCACUUCCUGGCCUGCCUGUCUCCCCAGCUGGGCUCCGUGCUCUACCACCUCUUCAUGAACCACGAGGGAGGGGAGCCCGUCUACCACACCCUCCUCAAGCUGGAUGUGUGUGGGAUCUGCAUGAUCAACACGCUGGGGGCGCUGCCCAUCGUCUACAGCACGCUGCUGUGCUACCCCCUCAUCCGCAGCGUGGCCCUGCUGGUCUACAUCCUGCUGUCCAGCCACGCCAUCUACUGCGCCGUCACGGCCCGCAGCAGCGUGCGGCGGCUGCGCUCCUUCGCCUGGCAGGCGCUGUUCCGCUUCUCCUUCUUCCUGCUGCGCUGGGCGGGCGUGGGCGGCGGCAGCCCCACCUCGCUGCGCCACUUCCUCACCAUGGACGCCCUGGCCGUGCUGGGCGGCGUCAUCAACAUCGCGCGCAUCCCCGAGCGCUUCCGGCCGGGCCUGUUCGACUACUGGUGCAACAGCCACCAGAUCAUGCACGUACUGGUGGUGGGCUCCAUCCUCUACCUGCACUGGGGCGUCCUGGACGACCUGCUGUGGAUCAACAGCUACAACUGUCCCUCCGACUGA